GACAACCUUCACCCCCGAGCCCUCGCUGCCUGCGGAUUGAAACCUAUCUGUGCCGUUGCUCACCGUGAGACUUGUAGCACCUUGAUGAGCACAGGAUUCAAGACAGACCGCGUUUUGUUGGCCAACACAUCCGGCCGAUUGUUUCCUAUCAAACCGACAAGUCCUCGGUCGAAUCACAAACCCUACCACCAGAUCUCUUUGGCCACAGAACGACCCGGGGAAAACACUGGCAGCAGACCUAAAGAUAGCCAUUGCCCAUUUUUGCGAACGCAACGUACUACCACGACGAUUUUGAAGUGCAAACACAGCACAGAGAAGGCAUACGUUCGACUUGGAUUGUAAAGAGCUUGGAUUUCUAACACCACCUCAUACUUUCCUCCAAUCCACAAGGAUCAACGGAUAUCCAAGUCUUCAGUGACCCUACUCAAGAUGCACGUCCCCAGAGCAAUCGUCUCGAUGGUACUACUGCUCACUUCUCAUGCCGGUUGUGCUCCAGUUGAAACACCGGAGCAACUUCAGCUGCCUCGGCUAGAAAUCCAGUCCGAGAUCAACAACCCGAGUGACGUUGACAGUUUUAAUCCCGCCUUCGUUGACGAAGAUGAAAGUUCUUUACGGAUUCCCUCCCGUUAUGAAUCCACCGUCCUCGGUCGACGCCUUCUCGGCCUUUCGAAAACGGGAGUUCUAACAACCGUCUUCCCAGAGAACACAACAUCGUCUCGCGUGCCUGCGGAUGUCGCCAACACCCCGAUUGGGCUGCCGGAUUAUAUUGCCUCAUGUGAAGAGCCGAGCGGCAAUCCAACUUUACUAGCGCUCACUGUGUCAACGUCAACGAAGAAUGCCGUGGCAGGGUCGAAUGUGUCGCUCUCUCUGUCGUGGUGGGACGAGUACGUGCACCUAACACACAGGCAACCCUGGUCGGCUGCAAAUCUGCCUCGACUAAGUAUGAUAGGAUAUCUUGAGGAGAUGACUGCAGAAGAAGUUGAGAGCCACAAUAUUCCAAGCUGCUUUACAAGGGUACACGGUGACAGUGUGAUGUGGCUGCCAGGCAAGAAAUGGGCGGCACAUAAAGGCCUUUGGAUGAGGAUGGUGGUAAUGGAGGUUUAUUGGAUCGGUGGGUUUGGCGACAGAAAUUAUAUAGGUUGGUUUGACAGGGACGAAUGGAAAGGCGUUGAAGAGAAAGAGUGGGCGAGCGUGCGAUUGCCAGGAGAGAAAGCGUAGAGAAAGACCUUUGAUGUCGAGAUUCUCGAAAGCCUUCACUCAUAGCUCUAGUAUGCUCCAUAGGUGUUGGUCAAUACUUCUUCCGGAACGCCGCUUGCAUUGUCCGCAGCUGCUUCAGAUGGCGAACCUGGAGUAUGGCUGAGGUUCUACACAUGCAAACGAACUUGGAGCCGAUGAUGUAUGAUGUACUAGCCGGCACAGUCGUAUGUAGUGGUCAGAAUGGCAUUCAAUUACAAUAUUG